AUGACCACUGCUUGGGCUGUCCUGCUGCUCCUGGGCUUGGCUGCCGCAGCCCCCCAAACACAAGUCCUGACCUACGAGCAGGCCAUCGCCUUGGCCGUUGACCUCUACAACCAGCAGAAACCCUCGCAGUUUGUCUUCCGCCUGCUGGAGGCUGAACCCCAGCCAAACUGGGACCCCAACAGCAAAACCGCCCAGACGCUGAAGUUCUCCGUCAAGGAGACGGUGUGUCCCUCCUCGCAAGGGCAGAACCUGUCCCAGUGCAAUUUCAAAGAAGAUGGGCUGGAUAAAGAUUGUUCCGGAAUCUAUUCGGCGCAACAACAGCCCCCGAUUUCUAACGUCCGGUGUGAGGACAUUAGUCAGCAGAUGAACCAGACCACCAGAUUUAGAUUCAUCACUAGAUUCAUCAAGAACAUUUUUGGCGACUUGACACUUUGGACCUCCAUAGCAGAAGAACCAAGGAUGGAAGGGUUUUUUUGGAAGACCUUGAUGCUGGUUGGGAUCCUUUCAGCCUCUGGGAGCCCCCACUUACCCCGCAAUCCCUUGACCUAUGACGAGGCCCUACAUCUCGGAGUGGAGAUCUACAAUAAGAAAGCCGGGGAAGACUCCCUCUACCGUCUCCUGGAAGAUGUUCCUCAGCCUGAAUGGGAUCCCUAUUCUGAAAGCAAUCAAGAGCUGAACUUCACCAUCAAACAGACGGUGUGCCCGGUAGAAGAAGAAUUUUCCAUGGAGGAAUGCGACUUCAAAGAAAACGGGCUGAUCAGACAAUGCACAGGCUACUAUUUCCUGGAGGAGAGGCCCCCAGUGGCUGUUCUCACCUGUGACGCCGUGGAGGGAUCAGCGAAGGAGGAGGAGAAAGAGGAGGAGAAGAAGGACCGGCCCAAACGUGUCAAGAGAUUCAAGAAUUUUUUCAAAAAAAUCAGGGAUGGCAUUCAUGAGUUCAUCCACAAUAACCGCUUUGUCAUCGGCGUAAAUUUCCGCUUCUAAGCCGUGAUUCAGAAGGACCAAAUCUUCCAGUUUUCCAUCGAUUAAAAAAAACUUUCCACAUUUUUCCAGCUUUGCUUUUCCCAUUUAGACCUCUGUUUAGGGCAAAGAAUCUUGACUUUAAUGAGCAUGCGACUUAGAAUCAGUAACCCAGCUUUUUUUUUUUUUUUAAAGGCAAUAUUGGCAGUCCUCGAUUUACAACGGUUCAUUUAGUGACCGUUCAAAUUUCCAAUGGCAAGGGACUCGGGACUGGGUUUUUUUUUUUCACACUUACGACCGUUGUAGCCUCCCCGUGGUCACAUGAUCGAAAUUCAGAUGCUUGGCAACUGACUCGUAUUUAUGACGGUUGCAUGGGGGGGCUGUCACGUGAUCCCUUUGGCUACCUUCUGACAAGCAUAAUCAAAGGGGAAGCUGGAUUUGCUUAACGACCAUUUGCUUAGUGAAUGCGGCAAGGAUGGUCGUAAAACAGGGCAUAAUUCUCUUGAUAAAUGUUUCAUUUAGCAACAGAAAUUUCGGGCUCAAUUGUGAUCGUAAGUCGAGAAUAACCUGUAAAUGCCGAAAUGAGGCUUUGCAAAGUAUGAGUCUUUUUGGGAGAAAGAUCAGUUUUUCCAUCCUGUCUUUACAGAUAGUCCUCGAGUUACGAUCAGAAUUGAGUCCAAAAUUUAUGUUGCUAAGUGAAACGUUUGUUAAGAGAGUUUUGUCCCAUUUGAUGAAUUUUCUGGCUACGGUUGUUAAGUGAAUCAUUGCAUUUCUCAAGUAAGUCUCAUGGUCGUUAAGUGAAUCUGGCUUCCCCAUGGACUCCUGACAAAUUUGCAAAAGAGGAUCAUGUGACCCUGGGACACUGCGACUGUCAUAAAUGUGAGUCAGUUGAUAAGAAUCUGAAUUUUGACUGAUGCUGCAAUGGUCAUAAGUCUGAAAAAGGGUCACAAGUUGCUUUUUUUCCAAUGCCAGUGUAACUUGGAGCAGUCACUAAGUGAAUUGUCAUAAGUCGAGCACGAUCUGUAUUUUGAAAGAGCUCCGGAGUCACCGAGAUUGAUUUAAAAAGCUGUGUAAGUUUUCUGAAUAAUAAAUAAAUAAUAAAAAUUUUCUGGGCAA